CCGGCAGCCCCCCCGGCACCCCCCGCCUCGUUAGAGCCGCCCCCAUGAUGGACAGCCGCAUCCUGGAGCAUCCCCAUGCCCAGUUCGGGGGCAUGGUGGGCUUCCCUUACCCUCUCGGCCACCACCACGUCUACGAGCUGGCCGGCCACCAGCUGCAGUCGGCGGCCGCUUCGGUGCCCUUCUCCAUCGAUGGAUUACUGAGCGGCUCCUGCGCGGCCUCCGUGGUCACCCCCGCUCCUCUCAUCCCCUCGGGCUGCGGGGUGAGCGCGGACACGCAGCCCUUCAAGCUCGCAGACUCUGGUGACCCGGACAAAGAAAGUCCUGGCUGUAAGAGGAGACGAACCCGCACCAAUUUUACCGGCUGGCAGCUCGAGGAGCUGGAAAAGGCGUUUAAUGAGAGCCAUUAUCCGGACGUGUUUAUGCGAGAGGCUCUGGCUCUCAGGCUGGACUUGGUGGAGUCCAGAGUGCAGGUCUGGUUCCAAAACCGCCGGGCCAAAUGGAGAAAGAAAGAGAACACGAAGAAAGGCCCGGGGCGGCCGGCUCACAACUCGCACCCUACGACGUGCAGCGGGGAACCCAUGGACCCUGAGGAGAUCGCCCGCAAAGAGUUGGAGAAGAUGGAGAAGAAGAAACGCAAACACGAGAAAAAGCUUCUCAAAAGCCAAAGCCGCCACCUCCACUCGCCCAGCGGCCUCUCCCUGCACAGCACGCCCAGCUCGGACAGCGACAGCGGCGGCGGGGGGGGUCUCUCGCCCGCCCCACCCGAGGCGAAGCCCCGCGGGCAGCCCCCGCCGCCCCACCCGCCGCCUCCCGCUGCCGCCGCCUCCUCCGAGCCGCCCCCCAGCAGCUGCGACCAAACGGCAGAGCCCUUCUACCCCAGCCAAAGAAGCGGGGCCGGCCGGCUCCAGCGCCCGCCUGACAAGGACUGCGCGGCCGCUCCGUCGGGGGACGGCAGCGGCGGAGCGGGGGGGCCCCGGGGAGCCGGCAGCUUCCACAAGCUCAACCCCUUCAGCGUGGAGAGCCUGCUCUCCGAUUCGCCCCCCCGCCGCAAGGCCGCCCUGGACUUCCCCAGCCUCCAGCCCUGCGCUCCCCGCACCCUCAUCGGCAAAGGACACUUCUUGCUCUACCCCAUCACCCAACCCCUGGGCUUCAUCGUGCCGCAGACCGCCCUCAAGGCCAGCCCGGGCCCCGAGGCUGGGCAGCCCCCCCGGGACUCCCCGCUGCCCGCCGCCAACCCGGGCCCCCCCGCUUUCGGCUCCGAACCGGCGCCCGCCGGCGCUCAGCCCGGCCCCAGCUCCACGGACACUGCCGCUGGCCCCGCGCCGCCCCCUCCCGCCGGAGCCUCUCCCCGUUCCGCGGCCGCUCACGGUGAUCCGGCGGCGGCGGCUCCCGCGGAGGGCGGCUCCUUCCCACGGCCCAAAUCGCCGGUUCGGGCCCGGGACGGGAGCGCGACACCCAGGGAUAAAUCGGACUGCGGCCCUACGGAGGGGGGCCUCGACGGCGAGGAGGUGGACAUGGACUGAGGGGGCGAAAAUCCCAACAAACCCGACAAAA